AGUUAGUUGCCUGGCUGUUGGCCUGCCCCCUGUGGACAGUCAGUAGCCGUUCUAUUGCAUGCGACCGUCGAAUGUCUUUAAGGAGUCUUCGAGAGUCUUUAAGUUAGCUUUGCAAGCCAACAGACCACUUCAGGAGUGAAAAGUAACUACUUUUCAACUGUUUCCCGUCUAAAUGGAUACUGUUCAGAAAGUGGUGUCGGAAUUUUCUCUGGACCUAAGACCAUUGAAAGAACCUCUUGGAUUUAUUCGUGUCCUAGAAUGGGUCUUUGCCAUCUUUGCCUUUGCCACCGCUGGAGGUUACUCUGGGACAACCCACUUCACAGUCAAAUGUCCGAAGGAGACAUAUGAUGUAAAGCCUGUGUUUGGCUACCCAUUCAGGUUGUCAGCGCACCCAUACAAGAUACCAUUAUGUAACAGCAGUCUAUCCAAUGACACCUACCUGCAGGGCGACUUCUCCUCCUCAGCAGAGUUCUUUGUGUGUGUCGGUGUAUUUGGGUUCCUUUAUUGCACUGCCGCACUCAUCCUUUACCUGGGCUACCAGAAAAUCUACCACGAGACCACCCGUGGUCCUAUCAUAGACCUUGUGGUGACUGCAGGCUUUGCCUUCCUGUGGUUCGUGUCCUCCUCAGCUUGGGGCAAAGGCCUGACUGAUAUCAAAUGGGCCACUAACCCUGAGCACCUAGUGCAGUCAUGCAAGGACGUCUGUCAUCCGGGAGCGUCUCCUUCAAUGGGCCGCCUCAAUGCCUCUGUGAUUCUCGGCUUUUUGAACUUGCUCCUGUGGGCAGGUAACUGCUGGUUCAUUUACAAGGAGACCCCAUUCCACAAGGAUCCCAACCCACCGGCCACCAUGGAGGAAGGAGCGGCCCCUGGGCCCCAGCCACAUCAUUGAGGGUCCCCAAGCUUAGCCCUACCCCACAGCAGAAAUGCUUUGUGCCGAACACUGGUCUCUAAUGUUAAGUGACAGAAAUGGAAACAAACGUCCUAAAUAUCCCCCAACACUCGUCUGAACAGUUUUUUAGUUACAAGUCUUUAGUUGAGGUUUACCUAGUGCCCAGUGUAUGAAAAACCUUUGUUCUCUAUUUUUUCUAAAUCUGUUAUCAGCUCCCAGUUCCCAUGUGACUUGAAAACACUAAGUGCUAGUACAAACUAGAAUACUUAAACACAAUGUACAACAAGAGCUUCUGUAAAUGUAUCCUGAAUUGAAACUGUAAAUGUGUGUAUGUGGUGUUCAGAAGAGCAGACUUGCAGUACAUCUGCUUCCACAUUGACAUAUUGUCCUCCCUUGAUGUCUGUACUACAGGGAGCCACCUAGUGAUGAAGCUGUGAGGUAAGAAGCCAGAACCUCUGCUGGUCCGCAGCCAGGGAAAAAGGUAAAGGUCUAACAGAAGUUGAAAUCAGUCAGCCCUCACAUCCAAUACAAUCAAUUCUUGCCAUAAGAAACAGCAUAUAGAAGCAAACAUUUAAGUGAGAGCAAAUGCAUACCUGGGAUUUUCUCUUGAGCAGGAGUCCAGUAAACCCUGUUCUUCCUCUGUCAGGUAAUGUAUAGGAGAAUGUGCUACAGUACAACUUCCAAGUACUGUAAUUCUAAACAUGCCAGUCACUUCAGUUUCUACUUGUGAUUGGAUCACCGAUCACGAGACGCAUGUCACUACCAGGUCUGAACAGGUCAGACUAAGACAUGUGUUGUCAGAAGGCUUUCUUAGAUAUUAAAACAUCUAAUGAUUAUAUUUACAGCCAUACCAUUCCCCCAUCGAUGUACUAGUCCACUGAGAAACACUGCAGUAUACUACAUAAGCACAUGGGUGUUGCCGUUUCAGCAUCCUAAAAUCACACUAUUCUACUGCACUUCAAAUGAAGCAGAGACUUUUAUUUUUGAAAGUGUAAUUUUGAGUGAUGUUUCAGGUUAUAAGAGCUUUUGCCACAUUUGUUUAUAUUUUCAGCCUGUGUCCAGACCAAGACAGGCUCUCUACAUGUUUACUCAAGUAGCUGUUGUGCAUGACCUCACAGUCGAAGUGACUGCCAGGUAAAACCAUGAUUAGUACCUGUGAUCAAAAUGUUACAUUUAGAAUACUCAAUAACACUAACACUCAAACUUAUUUGAACUAUCUUUUGCAAAAGGUGCCUUGCAGUGACAUUAUUUACAUACAGUUCAUAUGUAUUUUUAUCUACAUUAAUGUUAGGUUUCUGUUUGUUCUGUCCUGCCUCUGACAUUUUCCAUUGAGAAAUACAGUGUAAAGCUUUUCAUUGAUUCUUGGUUUGUUUUUUGUUUUUUUUUUGGAAUACCAAAUUGAUUUCAUUGUCUGAGUAGCUUAGGGUUUAGUCUUCUGAUGAUAAAUAGUUAACGUCUGAAAAGAAAGUGGCAAAAUGUGUUUGCCAUAUUGAUGUAAUCCUGCUGUAUUUCUUUAUGACUCCUGCCCAUAGUCUUGCUCUACAAUUAACUUGACAGCAAUGCCAUACAUUAGAAGAUGUUACAUUGAACUCCUAUAGUUAUUCUGAGUCACUGUUCAUAACGAUUUGUCAACACAGUGACUAGUUGCAUUGCACUUAAAGGGAUCUAAUUAUCUCUAUGAAGUAUAUGUGCAUUAAUAGAUUUCCCAGUGACUCAAAUUGACAAUCUGUGCAGCUGUUUUAUUUCAUGGCCUAGGGAAUGUAUAAGGGACUGUUUGAGUCACUGCAAGCAAAGAAAUAUUUUCCACAUUGUAUUGAAAUUAGACAUGAAGUAUAUUAUAAAGUAAGGAUAAAUCUUAGUUUAAGUAGAGCACAAUGAUAUGUGGAGGUUUAUGUAAUAGCCUAUUGACAUUGGACUUAAAUGUUUUUUUUUAUGCCUUGUUUGUGCAAAAAGAUUGCUGAUCUGUAUGAAUAUGUAAAACAUAAGAGCUGCAAGUCCUGGA